AUCAGUGUCGAAGGUUAAUUAAAUGAGCAGAGACUUUUUUCCUCUUUUCGUAUUAAAUAUCGCCUGUAAUUCUUAUUUAUUAACUUAAUUAAUUAGGCAGUAGGCGUGCCCUUGAAUCAAAAUAUAAUCUAAAGUAAAAAUACCCAUAUUUACAGUUUAAUAAUCGUAUUAAUCGAAAUCGGUGAAAAUUUCUGGAGACAUCGAUCUGAAAAUUUCGGAUUUGGUAUCGACAAGGCUGACAACACUCCUACAGAUAGCCGCUAAAAAUAUUACCAGAUCAUAAAACAAAAACUGCCCACCAUAUAAAGACAUAACAGACAUAGUCCGUAAGACUCAAAACUGCCUGUGAUAAAAGUAUUUAAAAUUUUGCAUUUAGCUUAGAAUUGUUAAGGAGAUUUCGCAUAGAAAGAUUUUAAGGAAUCUUUAGAAGUGGCAUUAGGAAGAUUGGAAGUAUUGGUGCACAGGAAAAUGAAGGACAGCAUGAGGAGUUGCGAGCACGUGCUGACAGACGAUGUGGAGUACAAGGAAGUGGUCGUGAUAGGAAAUGGGCCCAGCGGUAUGGUGACCUCAUUCAUGCUGGACGGCAACGUACCCUACCUCAAACAGAUACCAGAAGACUUGCCAAUUGACGAGAUGCUCAGAGCCAGACUUUCAAACCUUCCCGAAGGCCAGAGCCUGUACGACGCAGACCUCGCGGAGUUGGCCGAGGGAUUGGAAGGGAGAAGUCAAAACCCGAUACCUAUAUUGAUGGACGCUCUUUUGAGGCCUUGCGCGGACCUGGGCGUCCAGGCCGACUCGCUCAUCGAGUGGCGCUACGAGAGCGACAAGCAGAUAGAGCACGUGGUGUUGGGGCAGGGGCCGCCGGGGGGCGCCUGGCACACGUUCCCGCCCGACGUGCGCACGCUGUCCCCGGCGGCCUGGCUCACGCUGCCCCCGCACACGGACGGCGGCGCGGAGCGGCUGUCGGCGCGGGCCGUCGCCAACUACUGCAGGAGAUACGUGCACGCCUGCAAGCUGCAGCGUUAUUUCCGCAACGGCGUGGUCGUCACCAGCGUCACGCUGAUGCCGGAGACGGGUCCUCCUUGUGAGCACCGCUGCUGUCCACGGAAAGCCAAGUUUCUGGUCACCGGGUACGAGAAGGCGUCGCUGCGUGCGGUCCGGUACGCGUGCAGCCGCGCGGUGGUGUGCGCGGGGGGCGCGGCCCGGGGGGUGUCCCUCCCGCGCGCCGCCCCCCACGCCACGCACCACGCCGCCGCCCUGCGCCGCGCGCUCCGACACCCCGGGCUGUCCCCGCUGCCGGUGCUGGUGGUGGGGUCGGGGGUGAGCGCGGCGGACGGCGUGCUGCUGUGCGCGGCGGCGGCGCGGCCCGUGCUGCACGUGCACCGCGCGCCCGCCCCCGCCCUCGCGCGCCUCGCCCCGCAGCUCUACCCGGACUACUGCCAGGUGUACCGGCUGAUGUGCGGCGAGCGACCCGGACACGCCUCGCUCCCCGGGUACACCUCCCUCCCGGACCACGUCAUCCUGGACGUGACGCCGCUGUCCGCGGACCGCACCGGCGACGCGGACGACGAGGACCUCAUCCGGCCCAAGCGAGUCCGGCUGCUGGACCCGCGCACCGACACCACCAAAGAAGUGACCGUGUCGAUCAUAGGAGCGUUCAUCGGCUCGAAGCCGGACCUGUUUUUCUUGCAAACGAAUUUGAACCGUGACCGCAUCGACAUAAAGGCGAAAUGCACGUGCGGGCGCGUGGCGGACGAGGCCAAACGGAAAAUCGACGACAAACAAUUUUUCCUGAAGAACCACUGGCACCACUUGAAGUCCGUCGUCGGUCAGAGUCUACAGAACUGCAGGUCGAGGUACUUCCACCAUACAGAGCUGAACGGCAAGAGAGGCGCUCCGGCGGAGUGCGGGGGCGAGGGCCGGUGCUGCGCGGCGGAGGCCCUGUCGGACGGCAUCGGCUUCGGCAUAGACCGGAGCAAGCCCGUGGACUGCCGCGCCAACCCGCUGGCCAUAGACAAGAGCACGCACGAGCUGCUGGCGGCGCCGCGCGGGCUGUACGCGCUGGGCCCCGUGGCCGCCGACAACUUCGUGCGCUUCGUGCCCGGCGGAGCCCUAGCGGCCGUCGCGCACAUGCACCGCGCUGAGCGGACCAAUGCUGUAUUGUGAUUCAAAUAAAUUAUUCUUUUUAUAGUGA